AUGGGCUUAGCAUGGUUAAAGGAGUUUCAUAACCUCGAUGUCUAUUAUCUACAUAAGAGUCCUAACAUCUACUCCAUAAAAAUAGUUUAUUUCUCAAGGGUCACAGGGGGUGGUGGUGGUGGAUUUGGUAGUGGUGGUAGAGGCAGUCUUAGUGGUGGUGAUGGCCAUGGUGGAGACUUUGGAGUUGGUGAUGGUAGAGUUUAUUUCUCAAAGGUCACAGGGGGUGGUGGUGGUGGAUUUGGUAGUGGUGGUAGAGGCAGUCUUAGUGGUGGUGAUGGCCAUGGUGGAGACUUUGGAGUUGGUGAUGGUAGAGGUAGAGAUACCGAUAGUGGUGUGGGAGGUGGUGAAAUUUUAAAAGAUAUAAUGAUAGAGAAGAAAGGAUGA